AGGAGAUAUUUCAAAGAUUUGUUAUUGGCCGAAGAAACGCGACUAAAGUUACCGCCAUCUUUUGCACGGCAUCGCAGGAUUCAAUAGUUGCCUUUGCAGACAAAGCGUGCAGAUAAUUAAGUGAUGGAUGCAUGAUGUGACUCAAGGGGGGAGAUCACAGCAAUGGUGCAUUUUCGUUAUGGUUUUUUCAUGCUGUGCUGUUAUUUGCUCAAAUCGUCAAACUACAGAGAACAAAGACAAUGGGGUGACCUUUCAUAGGGUGCCAAAGAAUAAACAACAACGCAAGCUUUGGGUUCAAGCUUUGUGCCGUAUAGAUCUUUCCACAGGACAACUAUGGGAGCCAACCAAUUUCAGCUACAUCUGUUCACAGCAUUUCAGACCAGGUGACUUUGACCGUACUGGCCAAACUGUGCGCCUGAGAAAAAAUGUUGUCCCCUCAGUGUUCUUGUUUCCAUCUAAUUUUCAGCCAAAGCCAGUCAAGAAACGAACUACAAACACCUCACAGAGAAAACUGGCAAGUGAUGUUGAAGUUCCCUGUAGCAAGGACAAAAAGUCUUUAGAAAAUCUGGACUCCAGUAUUGCUCAAACUAUAGCAUUGGAUCACUCUUACGUUAUCACAGACAGCCCCCGUGAUCUCAAGAGAAAAUUGGACGAUCUAAUCGAGCAAGCAGAAGACCUGCAACAGCAGCUGUACAACGCAACACAUCGAGAGAAAUGCCUCCACACAGCCAUGGGGGUGGACACACUGGAAGACUACGAAUGUGAUCUUCCUGAGUGACUGCCAACACAUUGCUGCCCUAAAUCAACAGAUGUGAUUGAAUACCAGCAGCAGUACAUUUUGCGAAAUGGUGUCUACAUCAAAUAACGUGGCAUUGUGUUAACUUUAAAUAGCAUGUGCCAUUGUAGCAAUGGUAGAGAACACUAAACUUUUUUUUUUUUGGUGAGUGAUCAAAUAUACUGUUCAGAGAGAACAGUUGGAGGUACGCAAUGUGAGAUUCUUCUUACUAGUCUGGAGGAGUGAAAAACAUUCCUCAGAAUUCAGUGGUAUACGGCUACAGCGCAUAGGAAGAGCCAAUGUGAAGCAAGCAUAGAAAGGCUAUUUACAAGAGGCUUGUUCAGAAAGGGCUAACAUACUGUAACAUCUCCUAGAUGACCAAACUUUUUUGAGGACCACCUUUUGUGUUAUAAUAUAUAUUUUUAAAUGUUUUUCUGGCAUGAAAACAAUUUAAUCAUCUUAAAAAAAGUGGUGUUUUCACUUUGCAUUCGAAUUUGAACUGGAUCAUCAGGGCGAGGCUGCAGGAAAUGUAUGUAAUUUCAUGAUUAUGUUUACUUUAGGCAACAUGUAGCUGUGAGACAAUGAACGCUGUAUUUGUAAUCUGAUUGGCUGAGAAGAUUUUUGUAAAAGAGGUUUGUAAUAUGUAAUAAUAUUGUGUUAUAAAUGACAAGUUCAGACAGUCUGCCACCUUUAACUGUUCAUAAAAUGUAACAUGUUCAGAGUGACAGCAUCGACUUGAUUAACAUGUAAUUUGAAAUGGGAUUUGCAUUUGGCAGCAAAAGCUGUGACCAUCAAUAUAAAAUUUAUCAGGCAAAUAAAAUGUAUGUUUACAACAAAAUG